AUGAAUGCAAACGUCUCAACCCUCCUCCAAACUACCGAAACUGAUGUCGGCCAUUUGCUACCGACCCCACCACAAAGUGCAAUAUCGAAAGAAGAGCCAAGUUAUGGCUCAAAUCCUGAAAAUAAGCACAGCAGCGUUGAGACUAAUACGAUGGGAGAAUACAAUAACAAAUCUCUAAAGGACUUUGCAUUAUUCGGCAUCGACGAGGAUGACGGCUCUGCUUUAUUCGACGACGUCAACGACUUGACAUUGUUCGGCGACGAGGAUGACGACAAUUCUUUCGAGGGUGCGCUUGUCCCCUCAUUAAACGACAUCCACUAUGGCAAUGACAGCAAUCAAUAG